UAAUCAAAAGUAUAAACAUAGUAAACUUCUAUUUUUUAUGGGAAAUUGUGUGUAAACAAGUUAGCACAAUUAGUUGCAGCAGGAAGUAAAAUAAUUCCUCCUAGAAAAAGGAUUCACUAUAUCAGGAUAGAUAGUAGCAAAAAUGAAGGAUAUAAAUAGGGUUAUAAUAGCAACAAAAGAUUCUAGAUAAGUGGCUUUCAAAGUAAGACAUUUUCAGAGUAAACUAUAAUUAAAAGAGUAUCAAGACCAAGCAAAUAUUCUUUAAAGAGUUGUUCAUCCAAAUGUAGUCCAAUUCGAAGAACAUUUUAAUUCUAGCCAUGUCUUUUUUAUGUAAAUGGAAUACUGCCCAAAUAAUCUAAGAUAACUUUUGAAAGAAAAGAGUCUCAGCUAGUAGGAAUAGUUUCAUUAUGCUAUGUAAGUUAUUAGAGGUGUUCAAGCUAUACACAGUGUAAAUCACUCUCAUAAGGAAUUAAAAACACAAAAUAUAUUAGUAAAUUAGCAAGGAAAUUUGGUAAUAGGUGAUUUUGGAUUGGAUAGAGAAGAUGAUAUCUUUUAUCAAAAAUGCUAAUCUUAAGAUGAUUUAGUUAAUUCAUAAAGAUGGUAUGUUGCACCAGAAAUUUAGAUGGGAUAGCCAGGAAUAUUGCAAAAUAUUAAUUAACCAGCUGAUAUCUGGUCAUUAGGAAUCAUUAUUUUAGAAAUCUUUGGCUUGAAAUAUGUUAGCAACUUUUAGAGCAUAGAAUAGCUAUAAUUAACACUUGAUUUACUCUAUAACUAAGACUUUAGUUUUAUAAAUUUUAUUGAUAAAUUCUUAACUGAUAUAAUAAAAUAACUACUAAAUUCUGAGCCUUCAAAAAGACCUAUCAUAGAUGAUGUUAAAAAAAUGAUUCAAAAAGAAAUUGAUGUAAGAUUUGUUGUGAGCAGGUCUUAGACAGAUUCUUCAGGUGACUUCCCAACAGAUUCUUCACUUUAUAAGCAUAAAAUAUUUGAAGUAAAUCCAUAAGAAGUACAAUUUUUUUUAAACGGACAAAGAAAAGGAGAUGACUCUAUAAAGAGAUUACACAUUUCAUUUGAGUAGCAUCAUUAAGCUGAAAUAUACUAAUUAAUAUAAUGUUUGAUAAACAUGCCAUAGGAAAUAUCAGAACUAAAUUUAUCCUUUUAAGAUAUUUAAAUAGACGCAAUUUCAGUUAGAGAAUUAAUACUACAAACAAAAAGCCUACCUGUAACUCUUUAGAAUCUAACAUUUUGGUUUAGAAAUGUAACAACAACAUGCGACUAAUCUGAUUUUUACUAAAACUUGAUUACUAAAAUACCUGAUAAAAUUAAAUACAUAGGCCUAUAUAUAGAGAAACAGUCAUUAAAUAAAAGAAUGCUGAAAGACUUAGCAUCUUCCUUAAAAUUUCUACCACCGAAAAUAAAAUCAUUAACUUUAGGAUUUUACUAAAAUAUAUUCACAAAUGAUUCAUUUAAAUACUUUAGCUUAAUUUUAGAUUUACUACCAUAAAAUUUAAAAUCUUUAGAACUUGAUAUUGAAAAUAAUCCUGAUAUCUCAACUAAAGGAUAUAUGACUAUGUUCCAGAAUAUAGGAUCUCUGCCAGUGUAAAUAAACACUCUUUACCUGAGUUUAAAAAGUAACAGUUUAAAUGAAGAGUCGAUUGAAGUGUUAUGUUUGUCUUUAAAAAAAUUACAUAAUUAAAUAAAUUAACUGAAAAUAGACCUCUCAAAAAGCAUCAGUGAUAGUAUUUCUUUCACUAGGUUUUGUUUCCAUUUACCAUAAAUUGUUGGAUCACAUGUAGAAAAGCUAUGCUUGUCAUUUGAAAAAUGCAAUUUAGGAGAUGAGGAUAUAAGUAAAUUAUGCGACUCUUUACUAAAAUCUUAAAACCACCUAAUUCAAGUAGAAAUUGGAUUAUAACAAAAUUAAAUCUCAAAUGUUGGCUUUCAUAAAUUGAUUCAAUUUAUUAAUGCAAAUAAAAAAGCUAAAUUUACAGAUUUAUAUCUAGGUAAUAAUAAGAAAAUAACUGAAAAAGAAGCAAUAUAAGUGUUGUUAAAAAUAAAAGAUUAAAUUCCUCAUAAUUACACUAGAGUUGGAUUUAAUUUUGGGGAAAAUUAUCUUAUAAGACAAGGUUUAAUUGAGGGAGAAAAUUACUAGGAACUGGAAAACGAAAUAAUAAAGAUUAAUAGCAUUCUUAAUAUAAUUGCUUGAUAUAUUUUUUUUGAUUACGGAGAAAUUAUUAAUGAUCUUAACAACAAAAUUCUUUUGAAUUUAUUUAGAUCAAGAUUGAUAUGAAAUAUAUCUAUCACUCAUCCAUUUUAAUUUUACUUGGAAUUUUUAAUUUUGCUCAAAUGACAAAUAAAAAUUCUUAAAUAUAAUUGAUAAUAAAUAAAUAAAUUUGUAAAUAUUACUUUUUAAUAGAAGAUAAAUAAAUGUAUUUAAUUUUUAAGUUUCAAGCCAAAUUAUAUAAUUAUAA